AUGGCACCUCUUUUGUCCAGCCGAGGCCAGAGCUUGAUCUUCACUUCCAAGGCCUUGGAUCUCCAUCCCCAACUGUUCACUCAAGUCCCAAGAUCCGAUCAGCAUUGCCAACAUCACUUAGAAGAAACAGCAACACCCGAUACGACGGAAAUACCAUGGUACAGGGAGCACCCCUUAUUAGCAAUCGACUCAAGACAAUUUGAGACUAUCAAGUGGACGAGCCUAGAGAGAAUACAUAAUUCAGUCGAUGGUUCGAGGUUCAACAAAGCACAACGCAAGCGAGGAGGACUACUGCGGUCACCAACAUCAAGCUGUGCUCAGGCCAUCAACGCCUUCGUUAUGUCUCCCACAAUAGCGCGCGAUGUUCGUCGAGAGAUGGGCCGGCUAAAAGCGCGCGUGCAACACGAAAGAGAUCGAAAACGAGGACGCGUGUUCAACAUCGAGAUGAGCAACUAUUUGUUCAAAACAGAGGAGCAAACCAUUCCUGAGGUCAUCGGUCCUGAACGCAAACAAAUCACUUUUGUCAAGGAAGAGGAUCGGGAGUACAUUCGUGAAGACCGGGCAGGUACUCCUCAUAUGAGCGAAUUGCAGGCUGACGACGAUUUGGUACCUCCGUCCAGCGUAGAAGAGCUCAGUAUGGGUGGCGAAGUAGACGCAUUAGCGAUGAGUUGGUAUGAUUGCAAUGCUACCACUAUACAUUGCCAUAAAUCCGACAGGUAG